AUGAAUUUUUUCAAGUUCCUAUAUAGAGAACCAAUUAAACAUGAAGUAAAUCAAAAGUUCAUAAAACAUGUUAUUUAUUCAAAUGAUGAUGAAUAUUAAGGAGAAUUAGUGAAUGAUAAACGGCAUGGAUAAGGUACUUAUAAGUUUGUCUCUGGCAAUCGUUAUGAAGGAGAGUGGAAAAAUCAUUAGAAGCAUGGAAAAGGGAAAUUAUACUAUAAGAAUGGAGAAUUAUAUAUAGGUGAUUGGAUAGAGAAUAAAAAAUGUGGUGAGGGAAUGCAUUUUUAUAUUAAUGGUGAUAGAUAUGUAGGAGAAUGGAAAGAUGAUUAAAGAGAUGGAAUGGGAUUAAUCUAUUAAUCAGACAAAAACACUUUUUAUGGUAUAUAUACAUAGUAAUUAUAGGAUAAUUCAGAAUGAAUAAAAAAUUUGGAACGGGUUAUUUGUUUAAUUCAAGAGAGAGAAAAUAUUAUAAAUAAUAGUAUGAAUAAGAUAACCUAUUGGAUAAUGUAUAAAUAGAUGAACCACCUUUAUUUGUUUUAGAGAAGUUUCAUGUAAAGGCUGAAAAAAGUCAUGUUGAAAAAGAGAAAAUUGAAGAUAAUGUAAUUAAUGUUGAUGCAAGUCCUCCUAUUUAAGUAGAUAAUGAUAAAUAGAAAGAAUAAGUAGAAAGUUAAUAAGGAGAAUAAGAUCAGUAAUAAAAAGUAGAAUACAAAUCAAUAUAAUUAAUCAGUUCACAACAACAUGGAUUUUUAAGUUUAUAGGUUCUAGAAAAGAUUGAUUAAUUUGAGAAUUAAAAGAAUAGUAAUAUUCAUUAUUUAAAAUUCAGUGUAGGAAUGGUAAUUAGAAGAAGUAUGUGGAUGGCUUGAUUCACUUGAACUAGGAGAAUAUAAAGAAGAAUUUAUAAAAAAUUAAAUGACUGGAAAGACACUUUAUGGAUUGACAGAUAAUGAAUUGAAAUAAGAUUUAGGAAUCUCUGUCUUAGGUCAUAGAAAGAAAAUAUUAUAAUCAAUAGAAGAGUAUAAAAAAUAUUAUAUGAAAUUUAUGGAAGGCAAAAUUAGAUUAAAAAAACCUUUAGAAUCUUUGGAAGAGAGAAAAGGUUUAUAUACAUCAAUAGAAUAAUCAAGAUUUAAAAGCAUAUUUUCAUAUAUGGAGAAGAUUGAAGAGGAAUAAAAUGAAUAUCCAGAUAAUAAUAAGAAAGAAUCAAGUAGUGAUUCUUAUAACAGUUAUCGAAAAAAAAGAAAUACAAAAGAAUCCUAAAAAUCUCCAACUAGAUCUAUUUCUAAUGAUUCUGAUGAAAGUAACAUUAGUGAUAAUAAUAAAUCUGUAAAAUUAAAAAGAUAGAAAAGCAAAAAAAGUAAAAAAUAAUAAAGAAAAGUUACAUUGGAUUUAUAAAAAUCUGGAGAUUCUGCUGAUGAUGAAGAAGGAAAAUAAUAAUUAGCUUCUCCAUAUUGUAUUUGAUUUUAUCUAUUAUAUAUAGAAUCUCCAAAUAAAAUGAAUAAUAAUAACAUUAGUGAUUAAAAAAUAGACAUACUUGUUUUAAAUGAUUAUGUAAAUGGAGCUGAAGAAAUUAAAGAUAAAGAAUCUAAUGUAACAUUUGAAUUGUCUAGAUAAUAAUCAACAAAUAAAUAAGAAUUAUCUGAUUUUGUAUCUUCAAAAAGUCCUCCAUAAAUUAAUAUAAUAAAUGAUGAAUUAAAUUAACUUCAAUUAGAAAAAUUGCAAUCUAUUACUUUAUAAUUAUCACGAUAGAAAUCAGAACUUAAUGGAAACAAAUUCUAAGAUCAAGAUUCAUCAAGUUAAGAAUCAGAUGUAUCUGGAAAUGAUUCAAGUUCAGAUUCAUCUGAUGAUGAAAAAAUAAAAAAAAAAUAAAAGAGAUAAAAAGAAAUCAGAAAAGAAAAAGAAAAAGAUGAUAGAUAAUAGCAUCAUUUACCAAAAAAACUAUUAUUUAUGCUUAAAGAAUUUGGCAUAAAUGAAAGAGUGUUAAUAGUUUUCCAUGAAUUGAUUAUAGGAUAAAUAAUAGGAGAAGGAGGAUAUGGAGUAGUACAUAAAGGUAAGUGGCUUGGUUAAGAUGUAGCUAUUAAAUCAUAUGGUAAAAGGAAAUCUUAAGGAAAUUUGAAAUAUAAAUUAUAAAUGGCAGAUUUCUUAAAAGAAGUUGAGGUUAUAUCAAAUCUACGUCAUCCAAAUAUUGUUUUAUAUAUGGGUGUGUGUAUAAGGAAGUAGAAUUACUAUUUAAUUACUGAAUAUCUAGAGGAAGGCAGUCUUUUCGAUCAUUUACAUAAAAAGAAAACACAUAUAGAUCAAAAAGCUUUGAUGUAAAUAGUUGAGGAUAUAGCAUUAGGAAUGAAUUAUCUUCAUGGAAGAAAAGUUAUGCAUUGUGAUUUAAAAUCAUCUAAUGUUUUAAUUGAUCAAAAUUGGAAUGUCAAAUUAUGUGAUUUUGGUUUAUCUAGAAUAAAUAAAAAAAUUGAUCAUAAAAUUAAUAAAGGAGCAAGAAUAGGUACACCACAUUGGAUGGCACCAGAAAUUAUGAGAGGAGAAUCCUAUUAAGAAAAAGCUGAUGUAUAUAGUUUUGGUAUGAUCUUAUGGGAAAUUAUAACCUAAUAAAUUCCUUAUGAAGGUUUAUCUUAAACUUAGAUUAUUGGUUCUGUAGGAUAUGGUUAAGAUUAAGUGCCAAUACCUUCUCAUAGCAAUCCUCCUAUUUUACUUUAAUUAGCAAAGAAAUGUUUAAAAAAGAAUCCAGAUGAAAGACCUACUUUUGCAGAUAUUGUGAAUGAAAUUUAACAAGGAUAAAAAACAGAUGCAAAAUUAAAAAGUAUUAUUAUUAAAUCUUAUAUAUUAGAAUAAGCAAUAGAGCAGCUCAUGGACUUUUUUAGAUGA